AUGUCGUCGUGGGUUGUUUCCACCAUUGAUCUGCACGAUUGCGGUGCCAACGGGACAUCAUCAUCGGGGCCAUCAUCGCGCCAUAAGCAUUUUAUCCUGCUGGUGUGGCAUCGUUUGGCGGAAAAGUGUGAAAGGUUCAGUAGUUUUCUUAAACGCGAGACCAACAAACCUCUUCCCAAAGAACUGAGACGAUCGUUGAGGCUCAACAAAUCGGCCAGAAGAAAAGGCUAUCAAAGUUGCGAGAGCGAGGCAGAUAAACGAAUAAUGAAGGAACGUUUAAACGAGCCCGCCAACUUAUCCGUUCGCAUGGGACCUGCCUAUGACUUUAGACCUUCCAAUUUCUGACAAAUCUGUGAAAGGAUACAAGGAUAUCCACUUCGAAUUUCUUAGUACUGCUGUUACUUAGCAUAAGAUUGAAAAGCACAUGUUGAGUGCAUACUAUUAUUGUUAAAUUCAUGUUAUAAGCUUUUAUUAAAAGCUUUAUUUUUUACACAGA